GGCAUGUCACGGAGGGAGGUCAGAAGGCCACCAGCCAUGCCAGGAGUGGAGCAGACCCCGGCAAAGGCCAAGCUGCGGCUGGCAGCAGGCACUGGCAGGAAGAGGAGCCGCCCGUGCGGGACAAGGCAGGACCUGUGGGAAGAGACAAACUGGAGGGACCAGAUGUGGAGCAGAGCUGCCCCCAGCUUAAGAGGGGCCAGGGCUCCCGGCAGGAGCGAGGCCAGUCCCGAGAACGCUGCUCGGGAGCGGAGCCGUGUGAGGACGCUGCGCCAGGCCUUCCUGGCCCUGCAGGCCGCUCUGCCCGCCGUGCCCCCUGACACCAAGCUCUCCAAGCUGGAUGUGCUGGUGCUGGCCGCCAGCUACAUAGCCCACCUCACCCGCACACUUGGUCGGGAGUUGCCUGGCCCCGCCUGGCCACCCUUCCUGCGUGGACUGCGCUACCUGCACCCUCUGAAGAAGUGGCCCAUGCGAUCUCGUCUCUAUGCUGGAGGCCUGGGGAGCUCUGGCCUCGACUCCACCACAGUCACCACCUCAAGCCAAAGAACAAAGGAGGCGGAGGCUGGGCCCCAAGUCUCUGAAGAGGCACACGCUGUCUUUCCCACGAAGCCACUCUCACCAGCUCUCGGGGACAAAUGAGUAUCACACUUGCCCUUUUCUCCUAGACUACAAGUCGAGCUUAGGGACCUGGAUUCUCUACCAGCCCUGCCUGUCUUCACUCUGACUCUCAGCCCUCGGAUCAGACGGACUCAGGUUCAGCUCGCAGGUUCCAGCAUGCAGACCAGGGGAAGCUGCGGGCCCUUCAAUGGGAGGGGACUCAGAAGCACCGGCGGGGGUAGAGGGGGCGCAAGUGCUCAUCUGGGCACCUGGGGGGUGACUUCUCAGUGGCUCCUGCUGUGGCAGCUGCAAGGGAAGUGGGAGAGGAAGAGGUUUAGCUGGGUUGGAAGUUGAGUUAGGGCACCCUCCCCCCCGCCCCGCUUUUCUCCCCUAAGCUUCCCACAGACACUCGGAGAAUGCAAGGACAAUGACAAGGCUGUGCAGGUGCAGAGGUAAAGGCCUAGGACGGCAGCAGCUGCGCGUGCUGGUGGGAAAGUCUAGGGCCAGACAUGUGCGUGUGAAUAGAACUGGGCCGGGUCACGUGGCCAGAUCCUGGAGACACGGGGACCUGUCGUUAUCGCUCCACAAACCCUUACCUGAUGGUGAAGAAGCAGUGGGGAAUUUAGGAGUCUUGUCCGCAUGAUGGUCUCUCCAACAGCCCAGCAUCACUACAUUUCCUCCCUCUCUGGGCCCCGAGACCUUCCACUCUUUUCUUGGUAUGACUUAUAUUUACAGGUUAAGCCAGAAAAACCUAAACCUACAUUGCUUGCAUUCCAGUUUCCACAGAAACUUUUAGAUGGUCCCAGCUGCCUAGUUUGAGACGAUCUUAUCCCAGAGGCAGGUCUACCGGAAAUGAACCAGACAGCACCUUGCAUCUAAAGGAUAUUGAUGGGCCUGAUUACAUCCUUGAAGGACCUUAGAGAGAGAACAGAUAUCUUUUCCAGAGGAUGAUAAUUACAGCCUUCUCUUCCCAUUAUGUUAGAAACCCAACCUCCAGGACAAACAAGAUAGGCCUGGGUUCAGUGCGUUCUUCGUAUGAUUUUGGCCUGAGGUCUCACUGGCUCUGGAGUUAUUUCUACCAUCUGGCUACAGACAACUGCCCCAGAGGCAGCUGUGCCCCACAGGCGCUGCCCUCCUAGGCACUCAAGUCUUGCCACGGGGUGCCAGAAAUCUGUUAGAGUUUAGUGGAAUUUCUCUCUGGCUCUGAAGAAAUAACUUAAGGACUAAUCACAGAAGUCUACACAUACUGAAAGUAACUUUCCUUUCCAGAUCAAGUAUAGCUUCAAACCCAAAGGCACCUGAAGUCCAGACAGAGAAGUAACCAGCUUUUU